AUGGGGGACGACGACUGGGCCAGGGAAGAGAUCGACGCCCAAUUCGCGCGAGGCGAGCUGAGUCCAGAGAGCAUCAUCGCGCGCCUCGAUGACCGGAUCAGCAACACCUACGCCCUCGACCCGGAGGAGGAAGUGCCCGCGCUUGAGGCCGCCUUCGCGACGGCCAGCACGCCCGGCCCCGCGGACGCCGUCCUGUCCGAGCCCGCCUUCAUAUCGCUGCUGCAGACGCGGGCGACGCUGCCCUUCGGGCCCGAGGGUAUCGAGGCCGGCCGCAUCAUCUACGCGAGCGUCGCGUACCUCAGCGCGCUGCCCUUCGCUCCCGCGGCGGCGCAGCGCCCGCCCGCCGCCGCCAGCCAGCCCGGCCUCUCCCUCGCCCAGCUGCGGCGCGGCCUCGUCUGGGCCCUGCCCGAUCGCGCCGGGUACGUCGUCGAGGAGAGCUCAGACGCGCGCAUGCGCACGCGGUGGGACCACCGCCGGCUGCUGUUCCAGAGCUUAGCCACGGCCACCCUCCCCGCCAGCCCCGCCGCCGCGGACGACGCGGCGCAGGCCGCGCUCGCGCGCGCGCGCGCCUUCGACGUGCCCGAGGAGAGCUGGGACCUGUGCGCGGCGAACCGCGACGCCGACGGCGACGAGAUCUACCACGACCUGGUGGACGUGCUGUGCGCGACGCAGCCGGCGCGGCACCCGGGGCGGUCGGCGGCGCGGCGCGACGCCUUCCGGGGGGCCGCGACGCGGCUGCGGGGGGGUUUCCCUGCGCUCGACGCGCUGGCGGUCCCGGCGCCGCGCUUCCGCGCCCUCGCCCGCGUCCUGCUGGCGCUGCAGUUCGCGCCGCCCGACGGCGCGAGGUUCGGCGCGGGCGGUGAGGUCGCCCCGUUCGAGGACGCGGCGCAGGCAGUGGGCGCGGCCUUCGCGCAGGACGCCGGCCGCGGCGGCGCUGCCGGCACGGUGAUAACCUGGCGCUCGUUCGCGCGCGCGCUCGACGUCGCGGCCCCGCACCUCUUCGACCCGCUGUACCGGCUCCUCGCACGCGCCUUCCUCGGGAGGGGCGCGCCGGUGGACGUGCUCGAGGCGCCCGCGCGGCCAGCGCGCUCGCCCGGCGGUGCCGGCUCGGGAGCGCUCGACCUGCCCCUCCAGAGCCAGCUGCUCACGUUCCUCGCGCCGUGCGUCGACGCGGCGUCGCUGCGGCGCGUCGCCCGGUACGCGGCGUCGCCGGGGUCCGUGACGCCCGCCGGCUUCGCGGAGACCUUGCACACGGAGGUCCCGGACGCUGCGAUUGCGGUGUUCGCCGGGCGGAUCCGGUCAGCGUCGCCUGCUUCUGGCGGGGGCAGUGCCGAGGCGAGCGAAGGCAAGCCCUGCGUGUUUGGGCUCUACAGCCCGGCGCCCAAGGCGGACGGGUCCGGCAUCGAAGAUCCGGCGGAUAUCGACGCGAACAACGCGGGCCUGCGGCCGUGCGCGUUGUUCCAGCUCGCGCCCGUCCAGGACGUGUUCCCAGGGGUCGUCGGCGCCGAGGGUUGGCGCGUUGUCGGCGCUGACGAGAAGGGUGGCGGGAACCUCGUGUUCGGGGACCCCGGGGACGAGAAAGGGGGUAUUGUGCUGACUCUGCGGGAAGGGCUGUCGCGCGGGGAGAUUAGGCACCGCGGCAAGGGUGCAGAAGACGGCGAGGCGGACGGGGGGUCGAUAGUAUAUAGGGCGAAUCCCUACCGCGGAGACUGGGAGCUCGAGUUUGUGGUGGAGCAGCUUGAGAUCUGGACUGAUGCUGAAGCGUAGAGUGGCAUUAACCGCAUAAGGGAUGCCUUUUAGCCCAGCUAACGCCUUAUCUUAAAUCGUUCGGUAGACGUAAGAGAGCCAAGUUUGAUAUACAUGGCUAAUUUAGAGCUACUGGGUAUAUAUUGGAUACGUAAGUGUAGUAUUAGCCCCCGCAAAGGCCUGGCCAGCUGUUAAAAGAAUU